CAGUCUCUUCCCCCCAUGAUGGCUGACGUCGGGCUGCUCCUGCAGGAUGGCAGCAUGCUGCACCCGGGCCAGGCGCAAGGCGACGGCGGGACCGAGCAGGCCAAGGCGGGCGGCGACACCGCCAACCCGGGACGGAUGGCACAGCAGCCAUUACGAUUUCGUGGGCCAACUCCACCAUCCAAUACUAUGCUGAGAGGACCACCACCCCUUCAUGUACGCCCACCACCUCCGCCAUUUGCAAUGAUGAGAGUACCCCCACCACGACCUCCUUUUGGGCGACCACCAUUUGACCCCAAUAUGCCACCAAUUCCACCACCUCCUGGGGGAAUCCCACCACCCAUGGGCCCACCACACUUACAGAGACCACCUUUUAUGCCUCCUCCUAUGGCCAAUAUGCCUCCACCACCAGGGAUGAUGUUCCCGCCAGGAAUGCCCCCAGUUUCUGCCCCAGGACAUGGAUUGCAGAGUAAUGAGGAGAUUUGGGUGGAAAACAAAACCCUGGAGGGAAAGGUAUACUUUUACAAUGCUAGGACACGGGAGUCUGCUUGGUCGAAGCCAGAGGGUGUUAAGAUAAUACAACAGUCUGAACUGACACCGGUGAUGCCCUUACAGGUGAUCACCACGACAGGUACACCUGCAGGAAGUACAACCGCUCCUCCCAUCUCUACACCAGCUUCAUCUGUUGUGCAGGCCACAGCCCCAGCAUCUUCCACUACUUCUGUACACGUUGCAACUGUGUCAGCAAUAAGCCCAUCUCCAGACCAACCUCCACCUACGGCUACUCCAACGCUUGUUUCUGCGACUGUGACCACUGCUGCAUCCCAGCAGCCAAUUCAGUCUAUGCCACAGUCUGUACAGCAGAGUAUGCCACCGCCUGUAGCUCAGCCUAUACCUCACCCAAUUCCACAACCAACUGCGCAAAUCCCAUCCUUCCCACCAGUGAUGGUACCUCCCUUCCGUGUCCCAUUGCCUGGAAUGCCAAUUCCACUGCCAGGUUUACAAGUACAGUCUACUCCACUUACCUGUGUAGCAAUGAUGCAAAUAGUCAGCUGCCCGUAUGUAAAGACAGUCACUACCGCCAAGAACGGUUUAUUGCCCGGAAUGGCCCCACCUAUCAUGCCGAUGUUGCCUCCACAGGUUACACUAGCUUCGUCAAUUGGCCUUCCAAGCUUGGAAUGGACAGAAUAUAAAACUGGUGAUGGAAAAACCUACUAUUACAACAACAGGACCUUGGAGUCCACGUGGGAGAGACCACGUGAGCUCAGGGAGAAAGAUAAGGAAAUGGAGAAACCUAGAGAGAUGUGCAAAGAGCCAUCGGAACCAGAACCGAUGGAAAUGGAAGAGGAGGAUACCAAAGAGGAUCAUCCGAAGGAGAAAAAAGAGGAGCCAAAAGAGGAGAUUUUGACUGAGGAAGAGAAAGCUGCUCAAAAAGCUAAACCCGUAGCAACAACCCCUGUCCCUGGUACACCAUGGUGUGUUGUCUGGACUGGCGAUGAACGGGUGUUUUACUAUAACCCCACGACUCGUCUAUCUAUGUGGGAUCGGCCAGACGAACUGGUUGGUCGAGCAGAUGUAGAUAAAAUUAUUCAGGAACCACCUCAUAAAAAGUCAACUGAAGAUGAGAAGAAACAAUUAGUGAAAGAGGAGACCGAGCUUAUGGAGGAGUCGUAUGAUGAUGAACCAGUGAAAGCAAAGAAGAGGAAGAAAGAUGAUCCCAAGGAUCCGGAGUCUGAGAAAGAGGCAGCUAUGGAAGCCGAGAUCAAAGCUGCUCGUGAAAGGGCCAUAGUUCCCUUGGAAGCUCGCAUGAAACAGUUUAGAGAUAUGCUGCUAGAACGAGGGGUGUCGGCAUUUUCAACAUGGGAAAAGGAACUCCACAAGAUUGUUUUUGAUCCUAGAUAUCUUCUGCUCAAUCCAAAGGAAAGGAAACAGGUUUUUGACCAGUACGUGAAGACCAGAGCUGAAGAGGAACGAAAAGAGAAGAAAAACAAACUACAACAAUCUAAAGAGGAUUACAAAAAAUUGCUCGAGGAAGCAAAGUUAACCCCCAGAUCCACAUUCAGUGACUUUGCUGGAAAAUUUGGCAAAGAUUCCAGAUUCAAAGCUAUUGAAAAGAUGAAGGAUCGGGAAGGGAUGUUUAAUGAGUUUAUUAUUGGUGUGAGGAAGAGAGAGAAAGAAGAUUCCAAGAGCCGGACUGAGAAGAUGAGAGGUGACUUCUUCGACAUGCUAUCCGAUCACCACCUGGACAUUCAGUCUCGCUGGAGUAAAGUGAAAGAGAAAUUUGAGAGUGACUCACGCUACAAAGUUGUGGAUAGUUCUGGGCUGAGGGAGGAUUUCUUCAAGCAGUACAUAGAAAGACUGGCCAAGCACGUAGACUCUGAUAAGGAAAAGGAGCUGGAACGCCAAGCACGAAUAGAGGCAAGCUUGCGAGAGCGUGAGAGAGAAGUUCAGAAAGCUCGCUCAGAGCAGACAAAGGAAAUCGAUAGGGAGCGUGAGCAGCACAAGCGAGAGGAGGCCAUCCAGAAUUUCAAAGCCUUGUUAUCUGAUAUGGUCCGUUCUUCCGAUGUGACAUGGUCAGAUACCAGAAGAACCCUGCGUAAGGAUCACCGCUGGGAGUCUGCAUCAUUACUGGAACGAGAAGAGAAGGAAAAACUGUUCAGUGAGCACAUAGAGGCCCUUACAAAGAAGAAGAGGGAACAUUUCAGGCAACUUCUGGAUGAGACCUCAGCGAUUACACUUACUUCCACCUGGAAAGAAGUGAAGAAGGUCAUCAAAGAAGAUCCUCGCUGCAUUAAGUUCUCUUCCAGUGACAGGAAAAAGCAGAGAGAAUUUGAGGAAUACAUUCGAGAUAAGUACAUCACUGCCAAAGUAGACUUCAGGACACUGCUGAAAGAGACCAAAUUUAUCACUUACAGGUCAAAAAAGUUACUGCACGAGUCAGAUCAGCACCUGAAAGACAUUGAAAGGAUCCUGCAGAAUGACAAGCGUUACCUGGUAUUGGAGUGCGUACCAGAGGAGAGACGUAAACUCAUUAUGGCCUACAUUGAUGAUCUGGAUCGGCGAGGCCCACCUCCACCUCCAACCGCAUCAGAGCCCACCAGACGCUCUCUUAAGUAACACCAACAUGCAGAGCAUGAGCAGGCUGUCCUUCAACUGAGACUUGUGCAUGAGCCAUCUGCCAGACUUAUCAACGUGUGCAGUAUUAAUGUGUCUGCUUUGUCCAGUUUUGUAUAUAAUAUGGACACAUUUGUACCAGCUUGUUGUCCUGUUGAAGUGGAAGCUUUGACUCAUCAUUCAGUUGUGUAAAAGUACAGACGUACAGAAGUACAGCUGAUGUAGUAAGUGUGGUUUGGUCAUUAGUACAAUCCAAUGGCUGUGCAACAGCAACUCUGUAAAAACUAGUGUUACCAAUAAUUUUCCAAGUCAGUCACUGAUCUCAGAAAGGGGUUUGUUUGUAACAUUUAAGCUUUUACUUGUGUUUAAAUGUAAGUUUCCAAAGUGACUUUAUUAAAUAAGAUGUUGGAAAUGUUGCCUAGAUGAAAUGUUUACUGCAAUAAACCCAUUUUUUUUCUAUAAA